AUUUAAAUUUCGCAUCAUCUUCUCCGUAUCAUAGUUAUGGUGGAGGAUGAAGUACUUUGUUUUUUUUUUUGGAAAGGUAGAUGAGUAUUUUUUUUAGAAACACCACACCUAGUUGUCUUCCUUUGUACGCAAACGCAACACAUGAGUUUAUUACUACACAGAGAUAGAUAGAUAUGCAAUUAUGAGAAUUCAAGAACUCAGAACUCGCAGCCUUCGAAAAGGGUUCUAAUUGAUCGACCUCAAACUCCCCAAUUCCUGAAUCCAAAACGCAUGACCCCCAUCCCACCUCUAUUCAAAACCCGGAUUGACGCCAUUGCUUUUUGUUUUUUUUUUUUUCACUCCUUCCCACUAUUUUCUUCGAAAUUUCUUCCGCUUUCUUCUUUUCUUUCUCCUUUUGUAAUGUCAGUGAAUCUUGGAAACACAAAGGGUUCUGCUGGGAGCGAGAGCACCGAUCAAGAAAAUGGAGUCUCCAAGGUAGCACGCCCAAGCCCAAAGGGUCGCAAGCGAAAGAGUAAAUUAAAACAAGAUGAAUUGAGUGUUUCUGAAGUCACUGUUCCAAGGCACACUCGUCGUCGUGGUCAUGUAAGGGGAUCUAGAAGCAACAGCGGCAGAAUUACCACUGAAAGAGGAAAGUUGGACACUGGAAGAUUCCAUCACUACCUCAUGCACAUGUGGGAUGAAUUUCCAAAAGAAAAAGUUGAAUCAGCUACAUAUUUCGACCCUUUGUGGUUUGACAUGUAUGCCAAUCAGAAUAGAAAAGCCAAUGUUCUGAGCUGGAUCAAAGAGAAGGGCAUUUUCUCCAAGAAAUAUGUUCUGGUCCCUAUAGUUAUGUGGUCUCACUGGAGUCUCUUAAUCUUUUGUAACUUGGGUCAACGUCUGGAUUCAGAAACUAAUGCUCCUUGUAUGCUGCUUCUGGAUUCAUUGCAAGCAGUAGAUUCCAAACGGCUCGAACCAUCAAUAAGAAGACUUCUCAUUGACAUCUAUAUGUCAGAGGAGAGGACAGAGAGCGAGAAAGAGCUACUAAAGAUUCCUCUCUCGAUUCCAGAUGUCCCGCAGCAGAAAAGGGGCGAUGAUUGUGGAUUUUACGUUCUAUACUACAUACGCCUCUUCAUAGAUAGCCCCCUUCAAAGGUUCACCAUAUCUGAGGGUUAUCCGAAGUUGACAGGAAAGGAUUGGUUCACUGAUGAAGAAGUGGAAUCCUUCUGCAAAUUGGCUUAUACCGUAUUGCAGAUGGGAAAGGAUUGGUUCACUGAUGAAGAAGUUGAAUCCUUCUGCAAAUCUCUAGAGGCCCUUCCUGCUGUAAGUGAUCACGGUCCCGCUUCCUCUGAGUCUAGUGAUUCUAUCGAAAUGGCUGAGACUCCGUUCUCUUGAAAAAGAAAAUGAGAGGCAAAGUAUCACCAAUGGAGAUUCUGUCAUGCAUGCAACUCUCAUCUUUUGCACGCGGUAGAAGACCGUGAGUAUAAAUGAUAGGGAAUGUAUAUAUAGGUAUGUGUUGUGUCGUAUACUCCCUCUAGAGCUUAACUACGAAUCAUCAUCGCAACAAGUUGCUUUUUGUUCCCUGCUGCUGUACGAAUUGCAGGUGAUGGAAGUUGAAUAUCAUGUGGAUUUGAGUUGCUUGUUUUGUUUCAAGUGUGUUGUAGUAUUGCUGUGUAUAUGUGCGUGCGUGCAAUUAGGUUCAGUUUCAAUAUUCAUUGUAUUAUGUAUAUGUUUUUGGGGAAGCCGGUUGUUUAAUAUUCCCUCCGUCCACAAA